AUGAGUAGUCAUUUCACACUUGGAACGUUAAGGACAUUGGAUCAAUUUCCAAUGCAUUGCUUGUUUUCACCUACUGCGUUGGAUCAUGAUCUAAGCUAUGUGGACAAGACGUAUUACCAUCAGCAGCAACCACCACUAACCACACAAGACGAUGCCAAAUCAGCAGCAGCAUCAACCAUGUUCCCGCAGAAUGACAAACUACAGAGCAAUGUGCAGAGCAUCGUGCUAAACAAGACCAUUGGCCUAGUAACAUCUGUUUCCAGGCUUGAUCUCCGCAACAUUGGUUUAUUUGCACUUCCUACCCAAGUAGCCUUAUUAACCAGAUUAACUAUGCUUGAUCUUUCUCAUAACAAACUAGUGAAACUGCCAUCCAACAUUGACCAAUUGAGAAAUCUAAAGCAGCUGAAUCUCUCCCAUAACAACAUUAGCCAUUUACCUGCAAGCAUCUAUUCGCUCACCAAACUCGUUCAUUUUGACAUGUCAUUCAACCCCAUCGCCCACAUCUCUGCCAACAUGGCUCGUCUGCAUCAUCUCAAUUACCUGGAUCUAUCCAACACAGACAUCAGUUCCAUUCCAGCCGAGUUACUCAAUCUCUCCAUGACCAUCAUCAAGACAGACCACUGUCCUCAAUUGCUAGAUCGAUCCAUUGAGCUGGAGCAGAAAACAGCACACAACCCACUCAGCCUCAUUGAGAUAUGUGCCAGACAAAUCAUGCAGCCUAUCCUCUAUGAUUUAAUGGCAAAGAAAAAGAAAAAACGAGAGUUGAAAGAGCUCCAAAAGCAGCGAUACAAGAGCUUCCAACAACUGCCCGGCCACAUGAUUUGCUAUUUAUCUCGGCCCAAAGCCUGUUCGUCCUGUGGUGGCCCUUAUUUUCAAUCAUUUGUGGUGCGAUAUCGUAUUGUACAACGACAAGAUGAAUCGUGGAUCCCUGUUGAAUACAGACUAUGUUCUGCGCACUGGAAUACAGAAAAAGAUCGCAUUCUAUCACUGUUCUCGGACAUUCCAUCAUCGUCGCUGCCACCGUCCACCGAGCCAUGUCAAUUGAAACUGAUUCCGUCCGAUGCCAUGCUUAUUCAAUAA